UCGAUUGGUUCACAAAUUUUGCACACUCUAUCAGCAUAAUUUAUUGGUCAAAUAAUUCAGCAUGGCUUCCUCCAUCAGCACUAAACAAAAACUUUUACAACAAAUUGAUGAUGUUGAGCUUAUAUCUAAGGAAUUAUUUGAGAUAAUGAGCACACCUAAAGGACAACAAAGACCUGAUGCCCCAGAUACAAUGAAUCUGAUGGACCUUCUAGUCCAUAAGGAUAAAGAAAUUAAAGAAUCAUUAAAAACAGCGGCAGAACAAGCAGAGAUACAGAAAACAAUAGAUGAAUUAAAAACAGAGGUAGAUAAAAGAGAUGCCAAUAUAAAACAGUUACAGACCAGUCUGAAAGAAGCUGAAACAAUUCUGUCAACAGCUAUAUAUCAAGCCAAGAAGAAACUGAAUGGUAUACAGCAGGCAAACAAGAAAAAAGUGUCAUCUGAAGAGCUGAUCAAGUUUGCACACAGGAUCAGCGCCAGUAAUGCAGUUGCCUCACCUCCCACAUGGGCUCCAGGUGAUCCUAGAAGACCAUAUCCUACAGAUUUUGAAAUGAGAUUAGGAUUUUUAGGAAAGGCUGGUGAUUUACCUGCUGGAGCUCAUAUGCUACAGUCACAGGGGUCAUAUGGAGAACCAAUGUCUAGUAAUAGGUCAUCAGCUAAUACAUCAAUGGACCAUGGUCCAGGAUCACAGUCAACAACAUGGCAGCAAUCAUCAGACUUACAUCACACAUUAAGUUCUACUUCAGGAAUCUUAUCAGAAAUCAAGGGACAUAACAAAGAAAAUGAAGAUGUUGGAUUUAUGUCAAGUGACUCCUCUAGUAGUAGUUCUAGUGAUGAAUGAUAUUGGAAGAACAUGAAUGUGUUAAAUAACUAGCCUUACAAUGAACAGGUGGCAUACUGUGUAAUUGUGCUUAAUUUGAUGUAGUAGAGAGCAAGGCUUCUUGGAAAGCCCUUUUAUUGUUUCAGUACGAGUAUGUCUAGGCUUUAUACUUGAAAAGUUCUAUAAGUCUGUAAAGGAGAGAAGUAAAUAGAAAGGUAUAUGAACUUCAUAAGUAUGAUAGAUGGAUAUGUGAAUGUUACUAAGAGCAGCUUUUGUUGUUUAUCAUUAUACCUGUUGUAGCCUUCAUUGAAUAUAGUAGUGUGAGAAUGAGAGUAUCAUUAUUGUAUUACUGAAGAGAAACAGCAAUGAAAGUCAUAAUUUUUUUCAUGAAAGUUCAAUGAAAAAUAGAAAAACAAAAAAAUAUGAUCAGCAAUUGCAAUUUUUUUUUUUUAGAUAUUAACAGGCAUCAACAUUUAUGCUACUUUUAGAUGUUGACGCCUCAUUUACAUGAGUUUACGGUUACUGUACUUACUACUUGUUUACACCACUUGCCAUCAUCUGCUUCCAAUAUGUAUGCUGUCAAUCAUACAUUUAAACUCUUUAGGAAUCUUUUAAGGUUUCAGUCCUGAAAAAUGUAUCUUUCAAUGUAUGUUUCACAGAUAACGACGGAUAUGUUCCAGUUGUCGUAACUACAAUCCCAUCCCCUUUUCCACGAAUGUGACCUACCAAAUUAGACUUGUCAUCGGGUUUGUACUUACAUGAGCAACACUAUAGGUGCCACAUGUGGAGCAGAAUCUGCUUACACUUCCGUAGCACAUGAACACCCCCAGUUUUUGGUGGGGUUCUUGUUGCUCAGACUUUAGUUUUCUAUGUUGUGUUUUGUGUACUGUUGUUUGUCUGUCGGUCUUUUUAUACGGCCGCAAAACAAAUUUGCGGUCGUAUAUUGGUAUGACGUUGGCGUCGUCGUCGUUGUCGUAGUCCGGCGUCUUCGUCCGAAGACACAUUGGUUUUCGCACUCUAACUUUAGUUUAAGUGAAUGGAUCUCUAUGAAAUUUUAUCAUAAGGUUCAAUACCACAAAAGAAAGGUUGGGAUCGAUUUUGGGGGUUAUGGUACCAACAGUUAAGGAAUUAGGGGCCAAAAAGGGGCCAAAAAUAAGCAUUUUUGUAACUUCCAGACAUAACUUGUGUGUUAGUGUAUGGAUCUCUCUGACAUUGUACCACAAGGUUCCAUAUCACAAAGGGAAUGCUGGGAUUGAUUUAGGGGGUAAUUGCCUCAAAAGUUUAGGAAUUAGGGGCCAAAAACAAGCAUUUUUCUAGUUUCAUGACAAUAACUUGUGUGUAAGUGUAUGGAUCUUUCUGAAAUUGUACUACAAGGUUCCAUAUCACAAAGGGAAAGCUGGAAUUGAGUUUGGGGGUAAUUGCCCAAAACAUUUAGGAAUAAGGGGCCAAAAAUAAGCAUUUUUCUAGUUUCCAGACAAUAACUUGUAUUCAAGUGUAUAGAUCUCUCUGAAAUUGUACUGCAAGGUACCAUACCACAAAGGGAAGGCUGGGAUUGAUUUUGGGGGUAAUUGCCUCAAAAUUUUUGGAAUUAGGGGCCAAAAAGGGGCAAAAAACAAGCAUUUUUCUAGUUUCAGGACAAUAACUUGUGUGUAAGUGUAUGGAUCUAUAUGAAAUUGUACUACAAGGUUCCAUAUCACAAAGGGAAAGCUGGGUUUGAGUUUGUGGGUAAUUGCCCUAAACGUUUAGGAAUUUGGGGCCAAAAAGGGGCCUAAAAACAAGCAUUUUUCUAGUUUCCAGACAAUAACUUGUGUUCAAGUGUAUGGAUCUCUCUGAAAUUGUACUGCAAGGUACCAUACCACAAAGGGAAGGCUGGGAUUGAGUUUGGGGUUGAUGAAUCAUAAGGGGGUUCAAAAAAUUUGGGGGAGGGAUUUUUUUUUCCUUUUUUUUCUUUAAAAUUUUCCAUAUUAAAUUGGUUAUUUCUGAUUUAUAUAUAAAAGCAAAUAAUAAUGAUUAGAUUUGAAUAGGUAAAUUAAAAUUUUUUAAGUUCUUAGACCACGUUCAUUCUGUGUCAGAAACCUAUGCUGUGUCAAAUAUUUAAUCACAAUCCAAAUUCAGUGCUGUAUCAAGCUUGAAUGUUGUGUCCAUACUUGCCCCAACUGUUCAGGGUUUGACCUCUGCGGUUGUAUCAAGCUGCGCCCAGCGGAGCAUUUUAUUAUUUUUAAGCCAUGACGUCAGUUUAUUUUUGACUUAUGUCAUGAGUUUGAAUGUCCCUUUGGUUCCUUUUGCCUCUCUUUCUCAAUUCCUUGAAAAGGAAUGAUUUUUUAUAUAAAGUAUACCAAUCAUUAUUGAAUAUGUUACACCAUAGAAGAAACAUUAAAACAGCAUUUUUGAUCAAUAUAUUUUACAGACAGAUUAAAAAAGAGUAAAUAUAAUGAAAUAAUGAUGAGAUAAUGAUCCUUGAUAAAAUCAGUAGUUUUAGGGCAUACAAUCCAAGAUGCAACUUUACUCUGUAAAUUCAAAAAGUAUGUACUAAAUAAUGAAUAAAUAAAUAAAUAUAUUAAAACCUG